UAGCGCUGAUUGGCUGGACGCGAUGACGCGAUGUCAUGACGUCGAGGUCAAGGUGAACGCUGUCAGUUUUCCUGCAGAAACGCUGAGUUGUUGUCAUGUCCGUCAUCCCUUUGUCGUUUGCUAGAAAAGUUGUUCUUGUGACGGGAGCUGGCGGUGGACUUGGGAGAGAAUAUGCCUUAGCUUUUGGAGAGAGAGGAGCCUCUGUUGUUGUGAAUGACCUUGGGGGCGAUAUAAAGGGAGGUGGAAAGAGUUCGGCAGCUGCCGAUAGAGUAGUGGAAGAGAUCAAAUCUAAAGGUGGUAGGGCCGUGGCAAAUUAUGAUUCAGUAGAAGAUGGUGAAAAACUAAUCCAGACCGCUUUGGAUGCAUUUGGAAGAAUAGAUAUUGUGAUAAAUAAUGCUGGGAUCCUUCGUGACCGAUCUUUUGCUAGAACAAGUGACCUUGACUGGGACCUCAUUCACAGAGUGCACUUGAGGGGUUCGUUCUUGGUUACCCGAGCAGCAUGGAAUCACAUGAAGAAUCAGAAGUUUGGGAGAAUCAUCAUGACCUCAUCAGCUGCUGGAAUCUAUGGGAACUUUGGUCAGGCAAACUACAGUGCUGCUAAGCUGGGCAUUCUGGGUCUGGCCAACACUUUGGCCAUUGAAGGCCAGAAGUACAACAUCCACUGCAACACCAUUGCUCCUACAGCAGGCUCACGUCUCACUCAGACAGUCAUGCCACCAGAUCUGGUGGAGUCCUUGAAAGCGGAGUACGUGGCUCCUCUUGUCCUGUGGCUCUGCCAUGAAGAGUGUCAGGAGAAUGGAGGCCUUUUUGAAGUUGGGGCUGGCUGGAUUGGCAAAUUGAGAUGGGAGAGAUCUUUAGGCAGUAUCGUCCGUCAUAAGAACCAGAGCAUGAGCCCAGAGGAUGUCCGGGAUAAGUGGGACCAGAUAUGUAACUUCACCAAUGCCGCCAAGCCAGCUACUAUUCAAGAGUCGAUGCACUUGCUGGUGGAUGUGCUGUCGAAAGUGGAGGCUGAGAAAGGAAUUGGAGCCCUGCCAACCAGUGCCGUGACCUCAGCAUCAUCUGGCAUAAACCCUGCAGAGGCCGUGGGGAAGGUGCUUCCCGAGAUGACAUUUAGCUAUACUAACAUGCACUGCAUCCUGUACGCCCUCGGAGUGGGCAUGUCUACUAGAGAGUCCAAUCACCUCAAGUUCAUCUACGAAGGUCACGAGGAGUUCAGCUGCCUGCCUACAUUUGGAGUCAUCCCAGCCCAAGCGUCAAUGCUAGACGGAGGACUAAGUUCUAUUCCAGGGCUCAAUUUCGACCCCACCAGACUCCUACAUGGAGAGCAGUACUUGGAGUUGUACAAACCUUUGCCUACUUCAGGAACACUGACCUCAAAGGCAUCAAUAGCAGACAUCCUUGACAAAGGCUCUGGUGCAGUCAUACUCUUGGAUGUUUACACAUACAACAAGCAGGAGUUGGUGUGCUACAAUCAGUUCUCGGUGUUUAUUGUUGGUGCCGGUGGUUUUGGAGGAAAGAGAGCAUCAGAUAAAGCUGUGGCCACAGUUGCACCUCCAAACAGAUCACCUGAUGCAGUGUUGGUUGAUGAAACCACCAGAGAUCAGGCUGCUUUGUAUAGGCUGAGUGGUGAUUGGAACCCUCUUCACAUAGACCCAAGCUUUGCAGCAAUGGGAGGAUUCAAAUCUCCCAUACUGCACGGCCUGUGCUCAUUUGGAUUUGCUGCGCGCCAUGUCCUGAGGCAGUAUGCUGGAAAUGAUGUUUCCAGAUUCAAAUCUAUUAAGGUGCGAUUUGUGAAGCCAGUGUUACCAGGCCAGUCUCUGCAGACAGAAAUGUGGAAAGAGGAAAACAGAAUUCACUUUCAGUGCAAAGUGAAGGAGACAGGAGAUGUUGCGUUAUCUGGCGCAUAUAUAGAUUUACAUGCAGCUCCCGGUGCUGUUGCCAGCUCUUCUCCAGCAGAGAGCAGUGGACUUCAGAGUGACUUGGUGUUUGCUGAAAUUGGACGCCGGAUCAAAGAACUGGGUGCUGAACUUGUGAAGAAAGUUAAUGCUAUUUUUGGAUGGGAAAUUACCAAAGGAGGAAAGCCAGCUGCCCAGUGGACCAUUGAUCUAAAAACAGCACAAGGUGCACUUCAUAAGGGUCCAUACCACGGCAAAGCUGAUGUGACAUUUACUGUGGCUGAUGAGGAUUUCAUGGAUGUAGUCAUAGGGAAGCUCAACCCUCAGAAGGCGUUUUUCGCUGGCAAAUUGAAAGUCAGAGGGAAUAUCAUGCUGAGCCAGAAACUGGAGACAAUACUGAAGGAUUAUGCCAAGCUGUGAAACUGCAAACAGUCCAGGGGCUUAGAGAAAUGCAGACCGCAUGACAGUUUUAAUGAGGGUGUAAGAUUGUUUCUAGAAUGUUGAGAUUUAAAAUCGAACGUCUAACAGUUAUUGAUUUGUAAAUGUAAGAGAAUUAAACACUAAUUGGAGGGAAGGAAAAAUAACCAUAUUCAGGUUAGACAUGAUCUAGUUUUAAUGUGUAUUUCCUGAGUCUUUGUUGGGUCCAGAUUUCAGUAUAUUACACCUUUCAGCCUUUUUCUUUAAUUACAGUCAAGCUUGUCCAGACCAAACCUAAGCUGGGAAAAGUGAAAAACAUGUAAUGUAAAAAAAUUCAUACUAUGUAACAAUGAUCUUGUAAACUUGGCACUUAACAGUUGUUGAAGCUGACUCCCUCAGGAUUCCCCUGAAGUCAGUAGAAUGCCUGAGUGUGUUAUUGACGGGAUGUGUCUGAAUAAUAUUUCUGUGACUAACAACUAGAAGACAAAAUCUUUUGUUCAUUAACAAUUACAAGAGACUAAUAAAAAUCAUAGUUAAUCUGAUCAAUUUAAAAAGUUACUCAUUUCAACCCUACUCUUUUUGUCAAAUUAAAUGACCAUGUAUAUUUAAUAUGCAUUGUUAAUUUGUAAUAAAUCCCACCGUUGUUUAAUGCCUGGAUGAAAUUGCUCAAUUCACUUGGUUAAAAAAUAAAAUAAAAUCACAAACUCUUAUCAUUAA